UCAAGAUGGGUAAAGUCAAUGUGGACGAGAAGGGUAUCAUUCAAUCCACAGCGCUCAUGUGUGCAGCAAGAACUGGACAGAUUGACACUGCUGGGAUACUAAUCAUUGGUGGAAAAGCUGAUGUCAAUGCCAAGGAUAUGUUUGGAAACACGGCGCUAAUGUAUGCAAUCUUAGGGUGGCGCAAUGAUCUGGUUGAAAGGCUGUAUGGUGUUGAUGCGGGGGACCGAAUAAAAUUCGAAACGUCAAAACCGGUGUCAUCAGAAGAGCGCCGGGACAUGGUAAAAUUACUGCUUACCAUUGGCAAAGCUGAUG